UGAUCUUUCCACACUUGAUACUGGAUCUCCUGCACGUCAGAGCCUUCAACUUCACGUGAUCUUCAGGAAUUCUUGACACAACAUCAAACUUUAUCUCCUGGAGGAUCCUACAAACCAAUCCUUUGGGGAAAUCACAUAAAGAGUGCCUACAUAAUACGUAGGACACUUACUGUGAGAUGGCUCAGGACAUGACAGAGAAGGAUGUGCUGAAGAUGGAGAUCGAACAGUUAAGGAAGGAGAUAAAGACAGAGAGAGUCCUGGUUUCCAAAUCGGCCCUGGAAAUGAAAACCUAUGUGGAAUCUCUAGCAACAGAGGACCCCCUAUUAAAAGGCGUUCCAGAGGACAAAAACCCCUUUAAAGAGAAGGGGGGAUGCUGUUUAUGCUGACAACGAUCAGAUAAUUCAUAGCGCGAUGUCACAAACUAUAACCUCAUCCUUCUUUCAAAUAGUAUUUUGGUUCUAAAAUGUAUCCUAAUAUUAAAUACAGUGUAAAGUGUUAA